AUGGCAUCCAAAGAAGGCUCGUCGUCGAUUGAUUUUUUCACGUAUUUGAUCGGAAAGUGGAAGAGAAAUUUGGAAUGGAGAGAAUUUGGUGGAAUUUAUCAACAUUUAUCAACAAGUAAUACAUUUCUUCAAUUUGAGGAAAAUACCAAAUACGAAUCCACCUACCUUUCAGAAUCGUCCUCCACCACCAAUACUACCACACCAAAUCAUCGUUAUGCUCGUUUCUCGUUUGGAAAUUCACCUCAAGACAUGAAAUUUGCCUAUGAAAUGAUCUUUCAACCACUCAUCUCUUCAUCCACAACUAGUUCCUCCUCUUCAACGACGACGACGACAAAUCAUAGACUUUCACAACAAACGCAAGCUCAACAAGAAAUUCAACAUUUUCAAUGGAAAUAUCUUGGAAAUAUUUGUAAGGGAGAGUUUUAUCCUUUAAAUAAUGUGGCAAUUUUAAAGGUGGUCAUGCCAACGUCGUUCAUUACCACCACCUACCGAAUUAUUGAUGAAAGCACAAUGGCUGUCGUCAUUGUCGAAGUUGAUGAGAAACAGCAACCAACCAUUCAAUACGGAAAUAUGUAUCGAUUGAAUUAA